UCAUUUUUUCAAACCUUAUAUCAUAUAUCUUUUUGUGCCAACUUUCUUGAGAAAAUGACUGAAAAUUUGAAUGUAAAUUUGGUUGAGAACAUAAUUCCUAAAUUUCUUCGUGAUAUUUCAAUCUUGUUAAUCGACAAUGACAGUAUAUCAGUCACAUCUGUCACAUUAAUGCUUACAAAAUUUUCGUAUAAAGUGAUGAGCGUGAACGUUGCAAGUGAGGCCGUAUCGAUGAUCGAACAACAGAAGGAUAUUGGACUUGUCAUAGCCAACAUUGAAAUGGCUCACGUAGACUCACAUUCCUUCCUAAAUGCUUUGCUCCACAAAGAAAUUCCUCUUUUGUUUAACUUCUUCCACCUGAUUAGUCCGGAAAUUAACACCCAGGAAGCAUCAGAUCUUUUGACCAAAACAGCAUGCUUUUUCCUGAAGAAGCCGAUUUCUGAAAAUGACAUUAACAACAUGUGGCAGCAUGUGGUGUCUAAGAAGAGCCAAGCCCUAGAGAAAAUCAGCAUUGCUGAACAACAAGAGAAAGUUACGGACAACAGUGCAUUAAACAAGAUUGAAGCUUUCAGAGAAACCAUUAACAUGCAAGGAACAAGUCAAUCAUCAUUGUUAGGAAUACGACCAUUCAUCAACAUAUUCACAACACCUGAAACAUACCAAAAGAGAAAAAUCAUAGCAAAUGAUGAGACUGAGAAGAAGAGAGAAGAAGAAAGGAAAUUGGAGAGUAAUAUUGGAAGACGAUGUUACAUAUGGACUCAUGAGCGUCACUUGAGAUUUUUAGCUGCUAUUUCCAUCUUAGGUGACAAAAAUUGUCGUCCCAAAGCCAUAUUGGAAAUUAUGAAUGACCCAAACUUGAGUCAUCGCCAAGUCAGUAGCCACCUUCAGAAAUACAAAUCUCAAGUUCAACGAUUUAACGAUAUACUGCCGAAAUAUGAAUGUCGAUCAAGAGAUAAAACAUGUGUAUACCCUCCAGAUUAUAAAUAUCCUUUCAAUGUAUCCAACUUAGCGAAGAAUCUCAUUCAAAAUUCAUUUGAAAAAGGUGCUACCGUGGAGACGCCAAAGUUUCAUCUAGGCGGGAAACUGGAUAUGAGUAAUCAUUCAGAUUUUUGUAACAUACUGAACAAGCCAUCCAUGAAAGUCCAUUCUGUUCCUUCAGCCACAAGUAAGAACCCAUCUUCCAUUAUUCCUCCUUCUACCAAUAGUGGCUUAAGUAGCAACAACCGUCCUCUCCUUUCUGGUAUACCAUCAAGUGUUGGUGCAUCUAGCUCUAGUUUUGAAACCGGCAUGAACCAACUAGAUCUAGACUCUAUUCAUAUACCAGAUUCUUAUGUUCCUCAAAGUGAUCUAUUCAAUAUAGAAGAUGGCUAUUUUCUUCCAGAUGAGAUGGACCAGAUGGAUUGGGUUCUACCGAUAGAGAACUACAGUCAUCAUGCAAACAAUAUGAGUCAAAUGGAUUGGAGUCCUUCAACAGAAAAUCAUGUUCUUCCUGAAACCAUUACAAACCAGAUGGCUAGGGUUUCUUCUGGAGGAAAUCCUGUAGGUUUUGUUUCUGGUGAAGCAAGUUAUGAAAUCAUUCCUGAAACAAAUACAAACCAGAUGGACUGGUCGUUUUCUGAAGAGUGUUUCCGUCUUCUUGAAGAUACAACUCAAGUGGGUUCGGACAACGUGGUUCCUUUUGGUGCUAAUGAUGAUGUUCCGAUCGAUGAUCUAAUCUCUUUUGACCCUGACGUCAACGGUGGGUAUGAUCUAGACGCUUGGAUGGAAAAUUACGAUUUUAAUGAAAGGAAUAAUCGUUUUCCAACGAGUUAUAUUGGACAUAACUCUGCCUUCAAUACCCCGAUAGGCUCUAUCCCUCGCGCCACGAUGGAGGAUCAUGAUCAGUCUCUUGGUGUGAAUUUGGGUUCGACAAGCCAGCAACCAUAUAUGAUGGAGUCCUAUGGAUAUCAAAAUGUAGAAGACGCAAAUCCAAGGGAGGCUAUGGAGGGAGUGGAUGGUUUUGAUGAUAUUGAUGUUGAUCUUGAAAGCAUGGAUUGGUUCGAUGAGAUGCUGAACAACUUUGCACAUGGCAUAUAG